UACUACUUCUCGCUGUGCGAAUCCAUGGAGAGACCUUCAAAACCUAGCUCGCCGGCGGCGAUGGCGCCGACGGUGUACGUACAAGCGGAGGAGCACACGUUCCGGGAUCUCGUACAGCGGCUCACCGGCGCUUCCCCAUCCGACGGAAGUCCAACUCCUUCGUCGUCACACUCCGCCGUCGGACCUCGCCGUUCUUCCUACAAGCUCCAAGAUCGCCGUGGUUCCAGCUUCCGCAACCUCGAGAUCCACCAGCUCGCCGUCCCCUCCUUUCUCUCUCAUCGUUCGUCUUCUCCCUCGAUCUCUAGCCCUAUUACGCCAUUGACCUCAGAUCUGCUGUUUUCCCCGGCGGAGGAUCUCGAGGAACGGGCCAUCGCUGAGAAAGGGUUUUAUCUUCAUCCAUCUCAUCGCGACGGCGCUCCGCCGGAACUUCUCCACUUGUUCCCGAUGAGCUCGCCGUCGCAAUCUCAAUGCGACCUGCUGAGAUCGACGUAGAUAGAUCGUGACGGGUAAUCUAUGCACGAAUCUUGAUGUGAACUUUUAUAUAUAUAUAUAUAUAUAUUUUUUGGGGGUUAAAUUUUUGAAUUUUGGAUGGAAUUUGUUAGGGUUGAAAUCCCGGAAACGUAGAAAUUAAAGGGAAACGCAAUUCAUAGCAUUGUUGGUUGGUUUCCAUGGGUAACGCCAGCUUUUAUAAAAUUUUAUAAUAAUAUUAAUAAAUUUUUUUGGACAUGGCUUGACUGACGUUCUAGGA